UAGAAGCUCUUGGUCAGGCCCGCGGAAAUGGGCGAGCAUAAUCUCCUUAAUCCUGGGUUUGUGGGACCUUUGGUGAACAUCCACACGGGAGACACCUUCUACUUCCCCAAUUUCAGAGCUUCCGGAGGACAGCUGCCUGGCUUGCCGUCUCUCUCCUACCCGAGAAGGGACAAUGUUUGUUCUUUGCCCUGGGCAUCCUCAGAGCCCUGCAACGGAUACCCACAGCCCUAUCUCAGCAGCCCCGUGUCCAUUAACCCUUCUUUCAGCAGAGCGUGCGACCUAGCUAGAGUGGAGGAGAGCAAAUGCUACUACAGGGAGGCUUGCUCCGAGACUGCCAGCCUCAAGAGGGAGGAAAGGGUCAGGGACAAUGCUUUGAUGCCACUUGAACCUGGGAUUCCCAAUGGAAUGAGCGGCAAUUUCAGCAAAUAUGACUAUCCGGCGUCUGAGACUGUGUCCCACGAUCCCCCUUCUUGUCAGUCCUUGGAGUCAGACUCCAGCUCAUCCUUACUCAAUGAAGGGAAUAAGGGCUCUUCCAGCGAACCAGCCACAAUGGUCUCGCCUAUCAACCAAGGAAGCAAUCUGUCCACUGGUGGUGCUCCGUGGUACCCGAUGCAUACAAGGUCCCGGAAAAAGCGAAAACCCUAUUCCAAGCUUCAGCUAGCAGAGCUGGAAGGGGAGUUUAUGGUCAACGAAUUCAUUACCCGCCAAAGAAGGAGGGAGCUCUCAGACCGAUUAAACCUGAGUGAUCAGCAGGUGAAGAUCUGGUUCCAGAACCGACGCAUGAAAAAGAAAAGACUGCUUCUGAGGGAGCAAGCUCUUUCUUUCUUUUAAAGUUCAAAAAGCGUCCAUGUUGGUUAACCUCAUAGACUCUCUAGUGUUCAUCCGAGCUGGUGGUUCCGGGACUUGACCUGAUCACUCAUCAUUUUCUUUAAAAAAAAAAUAAUCAGCGAGCAUAUCUAACUAUGAGAAUAUGCAUCUCCUACACUGGAACUGUUGGGAAAGACCCGAUGUGAAUGCGCAACUCCCUAACCCACCCGUCAGCCAGCGUUGGUUUCUAUGGUCUAAAAGAUUGUCAGCAGGAUUGAGUGUAAUCUGAGUGUGAUGUUGAGUACGACCCACUAUCCUUUCAUUGACAAGCCGAACAGGUAUGGUUUGGUUUCCCUCCAAGCAAUAAGGUUUGUUGGGCUGUGUGCGAUAUUUCUCCCCGCCCCCAGACUGCUCUGGCUUUGUUGUUGGUCCCUAUUCCAGACGGCAUCAAAGAUCAGUCUUGGAACCAAGUCACUGUCCUAUACGAAGCAACAGAGGGUCCUGUGGCACCUUUGAGACUAACAGAAG